UCAAGCGCCCUCGAUGAUGCUGUUGCACCACCAGCGGGUAGUUGCGCCAUCUACUGGCACAUUGGAGCCCAACAAACACAUGGAGGCACCUCUCCGUAUUCACCUUCGUCCUGAACAAUGUUUGCUUAACUUUUAUCUGGGUCAUGCCGGUAGUUUUUAGUUCAUUUUAUUGUAUCUUAAGUUAUAAUUCGGACGUUUCGUUUAACAACGAAAAAGUGGACAAGCACAUAGAAUGAGUGACGUAAAGAUGACACCAGUAGCAAACGUAGCUCAUUUCGAUAGUCCCGCCUUCGUCAAGCUCGAUAGUCCAAUCACAGCUUCUGCUCCGGGGAGACUGGGCGGGACUUCUACAUCACCACAAAGGUAACAGGUUGCAGUCGCCGCAUAAUGAACUUGUUGCUGCGUUAAUUUACGCAGGAGUUGUUAUUCCACCCACUUGUUCUGCGUGGACUUUGGUGGAAAACAUUUGAAUCCUCGUCGACAUAAAGGAAGUGUUAAAGAGGAGCAGAGGAAGAACAACUGAAGAGAAAGAGAAUGACCACACCCUCCUCAGGUCGGAAGACCCCGGUGGACUACGGUGUCCAGAUCCGCUUCAUUGAUGACCUCCACGACUCUGGCGGGGGGCAGCCAGGGCCCCAACCCAGGACCAAGACCACCUCCAAGUAUGGCGUGGCAGUCAGGGUGCAGGGUAUCGCUGGCCAGCCAUAUGUUGUCCUGAAGAAUGGAGAGAAGGGAGAGUCUUAUGGGGUCCAGCUCAAGACCCACUACCCCUCGGGUUACAGUAGCCUUCCCCGCAGAACGGAUAAGGCCGAGUCAGAAACACAGGGGGCUGAUGUAGAAAGAGGAGGAGCAGGGACGGGUGUGGCGCUACGCAGGGCCCAGUCCCAUGGGUCACUGCUGGACAGGGACGGAGAGGCAGGGGAAGACGAUGAGGAUUUUCAGCUGUCUAGGCCACCAGGGGAUGGGAAGUCUGGAAGUUACGGGAAUCUGGAUGCAGGACUUGGAGUAAGGGGAGAGAGAGAGCAGGUUCAGCGUGCCGGUAGUAGAGAGAGGGGCUUGGGAAGGAAAAUGUGGGACGGUUCGUACAAAGCAGGGCUCAACGGGUCAAUGGGGUCGCUGGGGAGCAGUCAGUCCAACCCUGAAUCUACUCAACAAACACAUCCGAGAAAAACCCCGGUCAACAGACUAAUAAACAGGUUUGAUGGUGGUGACUCUGGAGGCCAACAGAGAGGACUCGAUGCUGAACAACAAGAUCCCAGAGCUCCAUCUCCUCAUGUCACACCCAACCCCUACACCUCACCGCCGUCCUCCACUCACAGCAGCCUGGGACGCAGCCCCGGACACGGUGCGCAGUGGACAUCACGAGGAACAUAUGCCGCUCCGGACACCCCACGUGCCACACUGACUGAGCCACAAGUGACUCCUGACCUUUUGCUGGACCAGGGUCAGAGUGCAGAGACGACCAGCGACGAGGAGCAGGUCAUGCAGACUCUAUACAACAUCCUGAGACAAGGGACCAAUGAGAGUGAUGUUAGCAUCAAACACAAAGUUAAGGCCAUCUUUAAGAAGAUUCAGCAUCUCAAGCCCAAAGAAAGACCUCAGGAAGAGUGGAUGAGAGAAAGGAGAGAGCUUGAAAGAAGGAUGGCUGAACUACAAACUGCCCUGAAAGUGGAAAGAAGGAACUCUGUCAGCAAUUCUGAUCCUGCUCUGAAAGCUGAGCUGGAGUCCUGUCUGGAUGAAAAUCUGCAGCUCCGGGAGGUGCUGGACCGGAAGAAGAAAGAAUUAAUUGAAACACAAUCAGAGCUGACUCAGCUGCGUAUGGACAGGGAGAACGCAGAGGCACGGGUCAGAGAAAUGGAGGACCAGCUGGCAGAGUUUCAGGAUGAACUGAGACGGGAGAACGGCAACAAGACGGACCUGAUGUCUUGCCAGGCACAGUUGACGGAUGUGUCCCAGCUGAGACAGAAGUUGGAGGAGACGCUCAGGCAGAGAGAGAGGGAGCUAACCGCUCUCAAAGGAGCGCUGAAGGAGGAGGUGGCCACACAUGACAAAGAAAUCGAGGUGCUCCGAGAGCAGUACAGCGUUGACAUGGAGAAGCUCCGCAGCAGCAUGGAGCAGGUGUCUCAGUCUCACGCAGGCAUCGAGGCAGAGCGGCUGCGUGUGAACGUGUCGGUUCGCUCCCUUCAGCAGCAGUUGGAAGACUGUAGAGACGAGAGCAGCCACUGGAUGGAGCAGUUUCACACCGCCAGAGACGAACUUCGAACCAGCAAACAGGAAGAGCCACCCAGCUGCCCUAAAACACAACUCCUGCAAGGCCGACUGGAGAAAGAGGAGUUUGAGGAGGAACUGAAGGAGCUCCAGGACAAAGUGGGCACCAUGAAACGACAGAUGCCGGACCCCGACCGCACACAGACCCUCAACCAGGAACUUCAGCGAUACAGCACUGAUCUACAGAAGGCCAAGUCUGAGGUGGAGAAGCAGAGGAUGGAGUUUGACAAGAAGGUCAUGGAGGUCAUUUCCAUCAAGAAAUCUCACCAGAACCAGGAGGCAGAACUGAAGUAUGAGAUCGACAGGCUAAAGGAACAAUUACAGAAGUCCAAAGAGGAUAUUGCCAAGGCACAGGAGAAAAACAAGCGGCUCCCAGACCCAGCCAUCCUCUCAGAGCUGGAGCAGAAGCUUGGUGAGACGUGUGGUGAAGCUAGCCAGCUCAAAGAGAAACUCUCAUUGGCUGAGGAGGAUGCGGUGGCCAGUAGAACACUUCUCAAGAGAGCUCAGAUGGACAUUAAAUCCCUCCAAGAUGCCGAGCAGGAUCAGGAGGAUGCCAACACACGUCUUCGAGAAAAACUCUCACGGCUGGAGACUCAGCUACAGACCAACUCAAUGGAGAGCUCCGAGGCAGAGAUCACCCUGCACACUGAGGUGAGAGGGUUCAGAUUGGAGCUGGAUGAGGCCAAGAGAAAAGCUUCGAGACUGAGUCAGGAGCACUGGGAACUUCUCCUGCGUUUGGAGAAUACGGAGAAAGAGAAGGAGACGCUCAAACAGUCCUUCAUCCAGCUGGAGGAGCUCCAACAACGUCAGGAAAGAGCGCUGGAGAAACUCAACAAGGAGUAUGAGUCUCUGACCGUGUCCUCGAGAGGGGAGGUGCAGGCUCUCAGGGUUCAGCUGGAGGAGCAGAGAGAGAAGGCACGCAAGGAAAUGCAGGAGUUCCAAUGGCACGGAAACGACGCCCAGAGUGAACUGGAAAGAAGUUACGUAGACCUCAAGAGGCUGGAGGAAGAGGUAUCGCGACAGAAUAAGGAGCUUCUGCUUGUAUGCGAGGAGAGAGACAACCACCAGCUGGAUAAAGAGCUUCUGGUCAACAGGCUGCGCCACCUUGAGGGAGAGAUGGAGGCCAUCAAAAACGGCCAGAAUGAGAAAACCCGGGAGACUCGCAUCCUCGAGGACAAGCUGAAGCGUAUGCAGUUGGAGCUGGAGGAGGAGAAAAGCAGCGGUGAGAUGUUGACCGACCGGGUGGCCAGGAGCAGAGACCAGAUUGAUCAGCUCCGCUCGGAGCUCAUGCAGGACCGAUCCUCCAAGCAGGACCUGGAGCUGGACAAGAACACCAUGGAGAGACACCUGAAGGAGCUGAGGGGUCGUCUGGCCGACAUGGAGGGCCAAUCGCGCUCCUCGGCGGGACUCUCCCAGCUGGAGAACAAGAUCCAGGAGCUGGAAGAACGGCUCAUGAGUGAGGAGAGGGAGAAGAGCUCGGUGUUGGCAUCUCAACGGCGUCUGGAGAGGAAGCUAAAGGAUCUCAACAUGAUGUUGGAUGAGGAGAAACAAACGCACACCGAACAGAGGGACCAGCUCACGCUGAGAGUGAAAGCUCUCAAGAGGCAGGUGGACGAAGGAGAGACGGAGCUGGAGAGGAUGGAUGGGCUGAAGAGAAAGUCCCAGAGAGAUAUGGAGGAGCAGAUGGAGCUCAAAGAGGCCCUGCAGGCCAGAGUCACAGCCCUGGAAAUUGAGCUCAAGAGAAAAGCCCAGGCAGCAAUGCGCCCCGCUCUGGAUUCAUCAGCUCUCAGUUCAGAUGAUGACGACAGCCUGUAUGACACCUCCGCCAUCACCGCCAUCCUCACUGAGAGCAACCUCCAGACCAGCUCCUGUUAAAGCAGGGUGAGGGUGGCAACACAUAGCACUGUUAAAGAAAGAAAUGGAGGGCUGUGGCGGUUGCAUUUUAGACUGGGAGUCGAGUCAAAAGCCAGAAUGGUAUACGGUGCAGGCGAAGAGGGAGGGGUGCACGGAUCUGGGAUUUAAAUGACUUAUUGUAGAGUGUAGCAGGAGAAUACUGUUCCACACCCGAGUGAAUGGAAGGAAACAAAACAUCCUCUGCAUUUCAGGGCACUUCCUUCAGUCUACGAUGUACUCGGAUGCACUCCACGGUACAGCUGAAAGGCCUCCAACAUAGAACAACUCGCUGCAGCACUCGGCAGUAACUGAAUUGCAAAGAGAGAAAUUAGGCAACAAGCUCAGAUACAUAUAAAUAGAAAAUUCCUCUCGCGUUUUUUGAUACAAAUUCACUGUGUCAAACCUUUUCAGGGUUGAGAUUCUGGCUCGAGCACUUCUGGUACCAAGUCUGGCUUUGAAUGAACAAUCAAAAAUACUAUGUUGGCAGUUUACUUGUAACUUCCGUUUUGUCCGUCGCAUCAAAUAACUGAAGGACAAAUGUUCAUGCACAUAUAGAGUAGAGCUACUGAAACAUGGACCAAACGGUAAUAGUGUGCAUUCAUGAUUAUAAGUGAUGAUACACUCUGAUUCUAAUGCUGAUUUUUGGUUAAACAAUUAAAUUGAAGUAUUGCAAAUUAUUCAUAUUGAAUGAAAUCUAGAGUUUGUUUCCGUAAAAGAAAAAAAUAUUUUCACACGUUUUUUGGAAUAUGUCACUUGUAUGUUUAUUCCACCGCCCAGACUUUUAUUGUCACAUGGUACACAGUCUAUGAAUUCAGAAUUAUAAAGUAUGACACUUCUAGCACAAUAUGAAUUAGUCUAAAUGUGAUGGUAACCUCCUGUUGGUGUGACGGUUUCUAUUCGUUGUGUCUUUCUUCACUGUAUCUGAAAUGUUUCCCGGUAAAAGUGCAACACACCUUUUGUUUAGUGGGUUGUACUUUAGAGGACAGGAGUGUCGUUUGUCAGAAUAUCGAAGUGUUUAUUCACUUUUCAGUUACAAUCAUGGCCAAAAUAUAAUCCUGUCCAAUAAUAUAUUUUGGUAUUUGUAGAAGCUGCACAAUUUCUAUGCAUUCCUUUAUAGCAAGUCACUCAAAUAUAUGCCUUAAAAUAAUUCAGGAAUCCUUAUCUGAAUGUUCUUUUGUAAAACGUAACUAUUAAACAUUAUGGAUUUUUCUUUGGUCUUGAGUUUUGAAUACAGUUUGAACAAUCACUUGGAGCACUAAUAACUAUUACAUUUAGCUGAAAUGUAAUGUCUCUUCCUAUUUUUUUUCAGUGAAUCUGGAAAUGGUACUUAAUGAUGAUGUGAGAGUAUUGACCUGUUGAAUUUGAAAAUGCUAGCAUGUCCUAUAAUGUUGACUGGAAAAAUUCACCCUGUGACUGUACUUCACGGAAUAGAUAAUGUUUCGAUGUCACAUGAAUUUAGCUCCAAUAAAAGUUAAACGAUUUAAGUUA